AUGGUCGACAAAGACAGCGAUAACGAACCUAACAAUAUACCAUAUGAAUCGGAACAAGUGUCUAAUGAAGAGAAUGGAAAAUUGAAUACUGAUUUGCAAGAAAAUACAGCUGGAUCAAACAGCGCAGUCGCUAGUCUUGAAGAAGGUAAGAAUAACGACCAAAUCGCCUUAGAUUAUACACAAAAUGACACAUCGAAUCAGCAUCAACUUGAUGCUAAUGGGCAUCAAAAAGAGGAUAAUUCUUUUGAAGCGAACACAAACGAUGAACAAGUUAAUGGUGGAAUGUCCGAUCAUGAUGAAAAUAAAGAUGCAGCGUCAGGAAAAUCAAUGGAUGGAAUAUUGAGCGUAUCAGAGAAUAAAAUAGAUGGAUAUGAACCAGAUAUACUGGAACAAGAAUCGAAUUCAAGCUUGCACAGCUUGAUGACUGCUUGUCAACAGGGAGAUCUAACUAAAGUUAGUGAGUUAAUUUCUAGUGGGGAAGUCAAAGCGAACGAUACGUUUAGUGAUGGCAUUACUGCUUUGCAUUGGGCGGCUAUAAACAAUAGAUUGACUAUAGUUAAAUACUUAAUUGAGAAUGACCACUCUAAAGCGGACCCGAAUUUAUUAGGCGGUGAAUUAAAGGCAUCACCAUUACAUUGGGCAUGCCGUAAUGGGUUAGUGUACAUUGUUGAUUAUUUCAUUGUCCAUACAGAUGCAGAUCCUACAUUGAGGGAUUCUCAGUCAUAUAAUGCAUUGCAUUUAGCAGUCCAUAGUUCAAACAUUACAUUAGUUAUUUACCUCUUGCUCAGCUGCUGUGGAUCUACAUCUACAUCUAAACAGAUAUACGUGGAUGAACCGGACAAUUGUGACCGUACAAGUUUGCACUGGGCUGCUUAUCAAGGAGACUUAUUAACUAUUAAUGCAUUAUUGAAAUUUGGUGCUGAUGUUUCUAAGAUUGACAAAAAUUUAUUUAUUCCGUUGCACUGGGCAUUCAUGAAAGGUUACAAGACAGUCUUGAAAGUUUUAGUAGGCGCAGGAUCUAAUAUAUUUGCAAAGAAUGACCAGGGUAAGGAUUCUUUUGAAGUUGCAAAAGAUAUGAAUUGUUAUGAUACGUGGAUAAAAGUGUUGAAAGAAUGUGGUAGGAAUCCAAAAAAUCAUUGGGAAAUGAAAACUAUCUAUUUAAACCCAAGAAUCGGCAAAUUAAUAACGUUCUUCACCCCAUAUAUUAUUUUACCGCUCAUGUUCAAGAUAUGUUCUUUUUACGAAGGGUUUGUUGUUCCUAAAUUAUUUUUUUCCCUGUCCUUAUUUGCUGGGUCAAUUUAUAUUUUACAAAAGUUUGUCAUACCAACUUACUUGGUAGAAGAGAAAGCAGUUCCAAAAUCUCCGCUAUUAGCAGGGAUUUUUUCAGGUACAGCAUUUUGGUGUAUUGUAACAUGGGCUUUCAAUAUCGUGCCUACUUUAUUCUCCAAGAAGUUUAUUUCCAACAUUGUUUUGACUGGUUUGAUAUACUUAUUUGUUUGGUCUUUCUUUAAAGCAAUGUUUAUUAAUCCAGGCUAUGUUCCUAUUCCUAGUGAUAAUAGCGUCACCCUUGAUCAAGUGAAGGAUUUGAUCAAGGUUGGGAAAUUUGAUACUGAUAAUUUCUGCGUCAACACCUUUGUUCGUAAACCUUUAAGAUCAAAAUACUCCAGGUUUAAUAAAAAAUUGAUUGCCAGGUUUGAUCAUUAUUGCCCAUGGGUAUAUAAUGAUAUAGGGGUCAGAAAUCACAAGUUAUUUGUGGUAUUUAUUUACUCUUUGAACUUCGCAGUUCUUCUUUAUACACAUUUAUCUAUCAAGCUAUUCAGAAAUACAGAAAAAAGCAGUGGAUAUGAUAGCGAUGAUGAAUCUCAGAAGUGCUGGUUAUUAUCAGAUGAAUUAUGUGUGGGUUAUAGAUUUCAUCACUUUCAAUUUAACUUAAUGGUUUGGUGUUUAAUUCAGUAUAUUUGGAUAGCGUUCCUUUGUUUAGUUCAAACCUUUCAAAUUUUAAAAGGUUUGACAACUUGGGAAUUCAGCUCAUUGAAUAAUAGACUACAGACUCAUAAUGGUUACAACCAUUCUACUUUACCAAAAGACUUUGCUUUAACGUCAUCCAAUGCCAAUAGAUAUAACUCUCCUAAACAAAAUAAUGGCUUUAGUAUAUGCUUGAAAUUAGUUGGUUUAGACCAAGUAGUAUUAGCUAUUAAGUUGGGAGUUAAAUCAAUUUUCUCGCAUACUUCAAGUGUGGAAACUUACGAUCCACUCAAUGAAUUUGAAAUUCCAACGGACUAUGGAUUUAGAACAAAUUGGUUAGACUUUUGGUUCAUCGGUGAAAUAGAAUGGAGAAACAUAUUUUAUUUACCAAUCGAGGGAGAGAAUAAUUUAAAUCGUACUGUCGUUGAUUACUACAAGUUAUAUGAAUACCCUCCAAAACUAGCAGACGUGGAUGCUUGA